AUGAACGAUCAAACUACUGUUGCUCAAUAUUUGCAAACCUUUGUUGAUGCUGGCAAGGCAAGCUCAGAGCAAACAACCGCCGUUAAUGAAAUAUUUACUCAGAAUUGGUUGAAUACACUGGGCGACGUCAAGAAUUUUACUGCUACAGAGUUGGGAAAUCUGAAUAUACCUGCGGGUAAUAGUAAAAGGAAGAGUGAAUGGGAACAGAGUUUGCAAACAACUAAGAGAUACAUUCCCCGUAUUAAAACUGAAGGACCAGUCAACUGGCAUAGUGAUAUUGUUGUCCCACUGUCAAUGAUUCCUCUGUAUACCAAAGUUAAAUCAAUACUAUGUGAAGGUGGUUAUGUCCUUCUUCAUGGGCCUCGCCAGUAUGGGAAGACUUCAAUAGCAGAUGCUCUCUGUGAGGACAGUGAUCUCAGUGAAUUGGCACAUGUAUGCAUCUACACUCUAACAAACGUUACUCAACAUGAUUCUUCAAGUGACUUUUGGUAUUCAUUUGCUAAUGGCAUUGUUGGCAGUUUGCGACGUGGACUUGAGCCAGAUACUAGUUGGGUGUUGUUGGCAAAUGCCGCAUCGGAG